AUGCUGGCAGCGACGACAGCGAACGUUGCGGCUUCCGCCUUCAUUGAAUUUGGCGCCCCUUAUUGUUUCUGGACCGACAACGGUUCAGAAAAUAGGGGAGCCUUUCAAGAUCUACUUGAUCUUUGGGGCGUCCAAUGGCGGCAUACAGACUCUCAUUCUCCCUACCAAAAUGGGAAGAUUGAGAGAUUCUGGCCGACAUUGGAGCGCUGCCAAAGCAUUCAGGCUAUUCCUGCCUUUAUUUGGGAGUACAAUAAUAACACACCGCAUGAAGAUCUCCCAAUUAAUCCAUUAACUGGAACAAAUUACACGCCAAAUCAAAUGUAUCAGCUGAAACCGAAAUACACAAAUGCAGAUACAGAAAGGCUGUGGCAAAUAUGGGAUACAGAUACAGGCAUGACCGCUGUUGACACAUUCACAGCGUAA